UCGAGCUUCAUUUUCUCACUCUGAAAAUAUGUCUGCUUCUUCCUACAUGGCUUCUCUCUCUAUGAGACUACUCCUCUCUCGCUCUCUCUGCCACUCUAACCCCACCACCGUUCUCUCCACGCGCUUCUGCACCACCACCACCCACGACACCUCCUCCAACAGCUCCUCAGAUAUCUCCGACUCAGACGAGCCCAUCGCUUCCGACCUAGAGUCCGACCCGACCCCACCACAGCCUUCGGCCCCCUACCGGGGCUCUAUCCACGAUCAGCCGCUCGAGAAUGGCGUCGACGUCGGCAUCUACAAGGCGAUACUGGUGGGCCAGGUGGGGCAGAGUCCGUUGCAGAAGACACUGCGGAGUGGGGCGGUGGUGACCAUUUUCUCAGUUGGGACCGGAGGGAUUCGAAACAACCGGAGGCCGUUUGAGACCGAGAACCCGUCGGAGUAUGCCAACCGCUGUAUGGUUCAGUGGCACAGGGUGUGUGUUUAUCCCGAGAGGCUCGGCACCAUUGCUGUGCAGAAUGCUCGACCUGGGUCGCUUAUAUACUUGGAAGGAAAUCUAGAGACCAAAAUCUACACUGAACCAACAAGUGGGCUUGUCCGACGAGUUAGAGUGGUUGCUAUUCGGAAAAAUGGUCGCCUUGUAUUUUUGGGUAAAGGAAAUGAUGCUCAGCUAACUGUAACAGGGAUGAGAGGUGUCGGCUACUACUGAUAGUUUUGU